AUGAUCUUACCUGAUGAAUCAGUUCCAUAUAGCUGGAGGUUUUCAAUUUCAUUCCUUAGGCUUCUUCACACAUCUCACCAGUUGGCAGGACCACUUGGAAAGAUCUACUUCUGUUCUGUUAUGGAGAUAAGGGUAGGAAUAUAUUAUCACUACAAUGCAAACACCUCGAAGCUUACAGUGGUGGAUCCAGAUGAGUAUUGUUACAGAGACAUGGUGACCGACAUAUAUAAUACUGUUACCAGGCAUGUCCCCAUAGGCCAUAAUGUGAGAUUUAAGGUGAAGUGCAUACUUCCAAAUAAUCAGGAUCUGGAGGUUAAUAAGGAUGAAGUUGUGGUUCAGUUGUUUGAAUUGAAUUUACAAGUUGAUUACAUUAACUUAUAUGUAUAUGAUCUGUAUGUUGAUGAAAGACCAUUUGGAAAAUACACACAAAGUCAAGAUGGUGUUGGUACUAUUAUCCAACAAAGUCAAAUUGUGUAUGGUUCUAAUGUACAGCAAGAACAGAUGAGGGGUGGUAGCAGAAGGAAGCAUCAACAGAGAAGUGGUGGGGAAUCCUUUAAGCCUUCCAGUAGUAAAGGAACUGGUGGAAUUGAAACUGAUAAAAAUACAAGAUUAAAUGGUGAAGAUGAAAAUAGCUUGGAAGAUACUGAUAGUGAUCAGGAACUUGAGCCAGAAAAAGAGCAUUUAUCUGACCUGCAGGAUGAUGUAAGAAGGGAUCAGUCAGGUAAUAAUGUAAAUGAUGUGCAUGAUAGUUGGUCUGAUUAUGAUUCUGAUGAAUUUUACAAACCAUAUGUUGAGAAUGUUAGUUCUGUUGGUACUAAGAAAAAUAAAUUAGAGAUUGGAAUGGUUUUUGAUGAUGUUAAUCACUUCAGGUCUGUACUUAGGGACCAUGUAAUUCAAGAAGGCUUUCAAAUUUUGAGGGUUAAGAAUGAGAAAACCAGACUAAGAGCCGUGUGUGCCUCAGAAGGAUGUACAUGGAGCAUCUUUGCUUCACCUUGUGAUUUUGGAGCUACAUUUAUGAUCAAAUCAAUGUGUAAUAAGCACUGUUGUGGGAGAGUUGAUCAAAGCAAAAAUGUUACAUCCACAUGGGUAGCUUCCCAUCUUGCAGCACAGCUAAGGGCAGACCCAGACAUGAAUACUGAUGCAAUGAAUGCAUAUUUCAUGGAUAAUUACAGGAUCAAUGUCCCUUACCAGACAUUGUACAGAGCCAAGAAGAGAGCAAGUGUGCUGAAUGAAGGCAACCAUUCCAAGUCAUAUGCCAGGCUACCUGCAUAUGGUGAAAUGAUAUUGGAAAGAAACCCAGGGAGUAUGUUCAAACUCCAGUUUUAUGAGAGGACCAUAAUGUCAGAUCCCCUUGUGUUUAAAAGGCAAUUUGUUAGCUUUAAGGCAUGUGUAGAUGGCUUUUUGAAUGGGUGCAGACCCUUCAUUGUGGUAGAUGGUUGUCAUCUAAAGGGGACAUAUGGAGGUGUUUUGUUGGUAGCAGUGACUGUUGAUGGGAAUACAGGAUUGUUCCCAAUUGCAUAUGGUGUGGUAGAAUGUGAAUGUAAAGAGAGUUGAAAUUUCUUCCUCAGCAAUUUGUAUGCCAUGCUGAAUACAACCAAUUAUGUCAAACUCAUCACUUUCAUGUUUGACAAACAGAAGGGACUAUGUGAUGCUAUAUCCAAUACAUUCCCGGGAUCUCAUCACAGAUGGUGUACUAGACAUCUAUAUGCCAAUUUCAAGUCACUACAUCCUGGAGUAUUGUUGAGAGAGCACUUUUGGAAAGCAGCAAAGACAUCAAGUCAGUUUUACUUUGACAAAGCAAUGUGUUAAGUUUGUCUCGAAUUCUUGACCCGUUUUGAAGAUUGACCCAAUCCGACAUAUUUUGGUGGCGACCCGAAUGGGAAUUUUUCUGAGAUCUGUGAUGGAAGCAGAGGGCU